UAAGUAGAAGGAACAAAUUCUUUUCUCUUGCCUGAGAGCAGGGAACUGAGCAUGAUCAACAUCAAGUGCUUCAGGUUCCUGGCUGUCCUGAGUUUCCUGACUCUCUCAGAAGGAGAUACUCAGGUGACCUGUGUUUUAAAUGAGAGCUGCAUUUUACCUUGUGAGCUCCAUGUUGGCUCAGAUCCUCUCAUCCACUGGAUUCACAUGUCAACCAGGGAACAUUUCGUCCAUUCUUUCUACAACAAUCAAACCCAGUUGGGACACCAGGUCCAACGGUUUAGAGGCAGAACGUCUCUGUUCACAGAUCAGAUCCCCAGAAGAAACGCCUCUCUGCUGCUCACAGCGGUGAAGAUCCAAGAUGAAGGACGAUACAUGUGCCGCACAAGUACCUCUGAAGGCAACAAAAAAGCAUUUGUUGAUCUAAAAAUAGAAGCUCCAGUCUCUGACAUCAGAAUCCAUCAGGAUGGAAACAGGAUCACCUGCAGCUCAGAGGGGAUCUACCCUCAACCUGAACUCACCUGGUCCACUGAGCCUCCAUCCAACACGACUCUGCAGAACAGAACCACAGUCCAUCAGACUGAGGAGAAGCUUUACAACAUCACCAGCUCUCUGAUGGACCAUGACCCUAAUUUGACCUACUACUGCACCGUCAAAACUCAGACGAACCAGAAGACAGGUUUGGUUAAACCUGGAAUUUCAAAUAAUGUUGGAAAGAUCCCUAGAAUGGUUAUUGGGGUUCCACUUGCAGUAACGAUCGUAGUGGUGGUUAUAAUUUUAACGAUAAAAGGCUGCACAAAAAACAACACAAAGACUCCAAGCAAUCCUGAAGUUCAUGAGAACUCAUUGAAAUCUGUGGACUGCCUGAAUGAAUUAAACACUGAUGUUAUAGAACAAAAGAAUGUAGAUACUAUAACGUCCACUGCACAUCUUUUAUCCCCUUAUCUUUCCCAAAAAAGUCUCACAUACCAGGCAAUGUUUCCACGAGCACAACAACAAUGUCCUCAAGAAAGUUACUAUCUUAAGAUUUUAAGAUGUUAAAAUACUUUUCUAAAGUCUAUUUCUUCCAUUAAAUU